UUGCUCGACAGAGCCAUGACAGAGUGUAGGCCCGGCCAUCCUCCGUCCGUCAAAAACAAAAUGGCGAAUCAAGCAGCUGGCGGACAGCAAGUUGCAGAUGUAAAUCAAACUGAAGAACCUGACACCGAGUCAGAUGACGAUGAAGUUGUGGAAACUAGUCCUUGUGGAAGAUGGGAAAAACAUAAAAAAGAGUUGAGCCAACGAAAUGUGCCUGGUAUUGACAGUUCAUUUCUUGCAAUGGAUACCGAAGAAGGAGUUGAAGUUGUGUGGAAUGAGGUUAGAUUCUCUGAAAGAAAAUCAUGGAAAAAUAAAGAAGAAGUCUUCAAAAGAAUAUUUGAAAAUUUAACCCAACUUGAUCAUCCAAAUAUUGUCAAGUUUCAUAAAUACUGGGUCGAUCUGAAAGGAGAACAUCCUCGGCUUAUAUUUAUUGGAGAAUAUAUGACAUCUGGUUCAUUGAGACAAUUUCUGAAAAAAACCAAAGCAAAUAUCAAGUCAUUAAACAUUAAGGGUUGGAAGCGAUGGUGCAAGCAGAUAUUAUCAGCAUUAAGUUAUCUUCAUGGAUGUGAUCCUCCAAUAGUUCAUGGCAAUUUAAAUUGUGACACAAUAUUUAUUCAACACAAUGGCCUUAUGAAAAUUGGAACUGUUGCUCCAGAUGCUAUAAAUAAUUAUGUAAAGACUUAUAAACAUCAACGAAGAAACAUGCAUUUUAUUGCUCCAGAGUAUGAUGGUGAAUCAUUAUUCUCUGCACUAUCAUCUGAAGAUUAUGGGCAAGGUAACUGUGGCAGAUUAUUCUCUCAUUGUGGGACUGCUAAAUGGAGUGAGGGUGUCAAUGGUCGACCUGUCAACUGUGCAGCUGAUAUAUAUUCUUUUGGGAUUGUUGCACUGGAGAUGGCAACUCUGCAAUGGGCUGAAGCAACAACGUCUGUGACACCUGAGAUGAUACAAACAGCUAUAACAAAUCUUGAUGAUCCAAAUCAACAGGACUUCAUAUGCAAAUGUUUAGAGAAAAACCCUUUAUAUAGACCAUCUGUUCGAGAACUUCUAAAACACCCUCUUAUGCUUGAGGUUUAUACUCUAAAAGUAUUGGCUGGUCAUGCGUUGGUAGAUUCUGAUUCAAAUGACUUUGUGAAAGGUAUUGAUGAGAUUGAAGAGCGUGAUUCUGAUAGAGUUAUGGCAGAAAUUGUUUAUCCAGACCAAAGAGAGAAUAUACAAUGGAAAUUCUCAAAAGUUCAACCUCAAUUGGAGCUGGAGAAAUUUCUGGAGGAAAUAAAAACUGGACUUUAUCCGUUAACCGGGAUGGAGAACAGUAAACCGAAAAAAGAUAACAGACCGCAGUUGAAUGCGUCGAGACCAAAAUCUCCUGAAGAUGUUGUAAAUAGCAGUCAAGGGAGUGAAGAAGAAGAACAAAAAGAAGUUCGAUUGAUUAUUCAAAUGACGUGCACGGCAAAGCAGAUGGAAGAUGGCAGCGGACAGUCGCUUUCUUUGCUUUUGCGCUUGGAAGAUAAAAUGAAUCGACAGCUGUCGUGUAAAGUAGGAGAAAACGAAACUCCGAUGGAUUUGGCUAUGGAAUUAGUCAGCUAUGGUUUAAUUAGCGAGGCUGAUCGUGAAAAAGUAGCCAACAAAAUUGAUGAAGCUUUAAAAGCACCAGCCUAAAAUAAUGGGCGACUUCAUGUUGGAUAGUGGUUGUAUUCUCGACGCAGAUAAAUCGUUGCUAAAUGACCAGGUGUUAUGACAUGCUAUUUUUACAUGGUCAAGAAAAGCCGUACAGUAGAAAAUCAAAAUUUAAAAUCUUAAAUUCAUUCCAACUGCUGCCAUUGCCACCAAAAGCUGUUUCAAAUAUUUAAAAGAAAAAUGGCCGUGACCGAUAAAUGACGUCAGAAGGUGUUGGUCACACCUUGUGGAAGUUAAAGAAGUUGGACUUCGAAAGAGUAAAAAAAUGAUUUAAUGUUGAUCAUUAAACGUGUCAGUUUGGUAUUCUUACAAUUAUAUAUUUUGUAUUAUAACUAUGUACAUACAGAAAUUGUUCCUCAA